UUUUCGUGUUGACUCAAAAGUCAAGCUAGAUAUAGAUAUAGUAAAUAAGUCAAGACAUGGACUCCUCACUGGGCGACAAUGUGGAGCUUAUGGGCGAGGAGGAGGAUUUGGGCGAUGACGACUACGGCAUCUCAUUUACGCAGCAGAUCAUCGAGCUGAAACAUUCCUUUGGCUACGACUGCAAACGGCUCUUCAAUCUGGUUCUCCUGGACGAUGACACACUCAUCUUUGUCUCUGGCAACUUUCUGCACUACUUCAGCAUCUCGCGUCGAGAGGUGACUUUUCGAGAGACUGUUUUUGGUUGUGGCAUUGGCUUCAUCACCAAAAACGAGCAGCCACAGUACAAGGAUCUGUUCACUGUGGGCGAGAACGGUCCCAAGCCGACCAUCUUCAUCUACGAGUAUCCCUCGCACGAUGUGCGCAUCAAAUUAACCGGCGCAGCCAAAUCGUGCUUCACUGCCGGCUCCUACAAUUCGAGUGGUGAGCUGUUCGCCUCCCAAGCUGGUUAUCCGGACUUUAUCAUUACCAUUUGGCGCUGGGAGCGCGCUGAGGUUGUGUUGCGUGCCAAGUCCUUUCAGAGCAACAUACUCUUCGUGCACUUCUCAGAGUACAAUCCCAUUUUGUUGUGCUCCUCGGGUCUCAGUCACAUCAAGUUCUGGAAGAUGGCGAACACCUUUACCGGACUGAAGCUCAAGGGAGACUUGGGACGCUUUGGCAAGACGGAUUUCAGUGAUAUUUCCGCCAUGUACAUGCUGCCCGAUGAGAAUGUCAUCUCUGGCUGUGAUUGGGGCAACAUGCUGCUGUGGGAGGCGGGACUGAUUAAGUUUGAGAUCUGCCGCAAGGGACGAAAACCGUGUCACCUGAAGCCCAUCACACGGAUUACGAUGAAGAACGGCGAGGUGACGACUGUGGGCAUGGAUGGGUAUGUGCGUGUUUGGUACUGGGAGACUGUUGAUAUUGCUGAUCCGCCGGAGGACGAUUUGUUUGUCGAAAUCGAUCCGAUCUAUGAGUUUAAAAUCUCCGAGGUCGAAAUACGCGCCAUGCAAAAGAUUAAACCCUUUGAGGAGAAGGAUUUUGGUUACUACGCUCAGGAUGGCAGCGGUGGCAUUUGGUUCUGUGACAUAAACACCUACGAUGUUCCCAGGCAGCCGAAACAGCUCUAUUCCUGCGUAGGCGGACGAGUCUUGGCUGCCCAAAUGUCGCCAGUGUCGCCGCAUAUGUUGGCGCUCUCCGAGACCGGAAAGAUCUUUGUCUACGACUACGAGGAGAAGCGUUUGCUGCUGGAGAAACAGUUUGCAGCGAACGGGGUUGACAUAUUGUGGAUGGACACACAGAUCUCUAAGUUCGGCACCGAGAUGGUCGCUGGUUUUGAGGAUGGCAUACUGCGGCACAUCUUCCUCGACUUGAGUGAUCCCAAAAAGGCUUCGAUGCAUCUAGUCAACGCCUUUAAAGCUCACACAGCUCCCAUAACACGGUUGACAAUCAAUCGCUCCAGUUCGCUGCUGCUCACUGGCUCCGCGGACAAAAGCAUGUUCAUCUACUGCUUGAGUAAUAAUGCAUCCAACUCGCUGGUGAAGCUGCAGCCGUUGGGCUUUGUAGAGUUCAAGGCUGUGCCAAAUUGUUUCUACUGGCACGAGGAGCAGGACUCAGUUGUGCUCAUUGGCUGCAAAUCCGGCGAGGUCUAUGAGUACAACAUACGCACCAAUGUCAGUGACGAGGAGACCUAUUUGUCCUACAACAUCACCGAUGCCACACGCUUGCGGAGCACACGUUUCGUCUCGGUUAAGAGUCGCAUUCGUCGCGAGUUGAGAAGGGAGAAAAUCAAGAAGCGCAAGGAGAAGAAACGCGAGCGCAAGAUGCGUGAGAUCGAGAAGCUAAAGAAGGCGAAUCCUGGUCUUCAGAUUGAUAUGGAGAGUGCUUUAGCUGACUCGGAACCAGAUGAGGAAGAGGAGCCGCUGCACGUUCCCAGCAUUCCCAAUCGCAUCAUCUGGCUGCGCUACACGGAACGAAACACCAUCUGGGUGUCCAUGGCUGGCUACGAUGCUGGCUACAUCUAUGAGCUGGAGUUCGAUGUCCCAGAGCCGAGCUUCUGCACGCUCAUCACGGAUGCCGACGACAUCGAGAUACACUCCUACCUCAUCGUCGAUGAGUUCAUCCUCUUUGGCAUGAUGAAUGGCAGUCUGCGCAUUAAUCACUUCAAUCCCGAGAACUUUACGGAUCUAGCCGACUAUCGUCACUAUCCCAUGCACGAUGCACUCAAGGGCAUCAUUCCCUGCAUCAUGAGCAGCUACGAUGGCAAACAUCUCGUCUCUGUGGGCUACGAUGGCAACGUCUUCCUGUACAACUGGAAUGGUCCAAAGGUGGUGCGACAUUCGCUGAUGAAGUCCUUGCCACACAUGCCCAGCAUUGGUCCAGUUGAGGACAUAAUUGAUCCGGAGACGCCUUCGUUGGAACAGGAGAAGAUCAAUGCGGAGCUGAAGCGGCAGCAGGAAGCAGCCGAGGCGCAUGAUCGUGAUGUUCUGGCCAAGAUUGGAGCUCUGCAGAGUGUCUACUUUGAAAUAGUCCGCAGGAAUGAUGAGUUGCCUGCGGGCUUGCGGGUGCACGACAAGGAUUUGCUGCUCGAUCCGCGCAUCACGCAACAAAUACGCGAUGAACUUCAAGCCGAGCUGGAUGAUGUGCGCGAAGAUCUUGCCUACGAUCUGGAGUUUGCUCAAGUUGGUCAUUCGAAGCUCUACAAUCACUUUCUUAAGAAACUCGACCACGUGCCAUUUACCAUAACGCCUCUUUGUGCUAAUAUUGAACCUGUUUCCACGUUUCGCUUGGAGACUUUGGGCGAAGAGUUUCAGCAAAUUAAGCUCGACAUCGAGGAUCGUCUUAAAAGGGAGCAAGACAUGCGCUUAACCGAAGUGAUUGCCUAUGAGGAGAAGGAGGACUCCAUCACCGGCCCACCACCGGAGACCUUUUUCUUCGGCCGUGAUCCAAAGAGCAUCACACCGCGUUUCAGCAGAAAGAUGAUGCGACUGCUGCAACGCUAUCGCAAGAGGCAGCUUUAUGAGGUGCGACGCAUCUUCGACUGGGACAAGCUGGAGCGUCAGAAACCCGAUCCCAAUCGCAAUCAUCCCGAGGAUGAUGCAAAAAUUGCCGAAGCACAACGAAAUCUGGGCGACUACAAGUUGAAGAUCAAUUCGGAUUACGAACCAAAGACAACAGAGACACUGACAGCAAAGUACAUUGAGAUUGUAGAGUGUCGUGAGCAAUACUUUGAGAUGCUGGACGCGUUCAAUCAGCGCGUAAUGUUGAUGCGUGACCAGAAGAAGGAUCUCAUGGAGCUGAUACAGAAGCAACGCGAUCGCUUGGAGCGUAUUCACGAGUAUCUGCCGGAGGUGAAUCGCCUGCAGCUGAAGCACAUCAAUGAGAUUGACCUGGAAAUGGAGUAUCCCGAACUGAAUCUCAUCGAGCACCAUUUGCCCGGCUGUGGCGCCAAUGUGGAUGACAUACUCUACCUGGAAGCAACUGUGGAUGAGGUGAUAAACAGCAAGAAGCCAAAGCGCACAGUGGACAACAUUAGUCUGUAUGAGAUGGCCGCCUUGGACAAUCCCGAUAUGCAGGAGGUGGUCAAAUUCAAAACGCUGCAAAUAUCCAAGCUGAGCAGCACUUUACCGCCGGAGGAACUCGUCGCCUUCAUCGGCAAGCUUCCACCUGCCAGCGAGUUGGCCUACUAUGAGCUGGAUGAGGAGGGCAACGCUCCAUUCACGCUGGAGAUGCGUCAUCGUUGGCUCCGUCUGCUGACGGUGGAGCAGCUGUUGAUCAUUGCCCAUGUAGAUGAGCAGGUGCGUCUCUUCGAUCUGCAGAUGGAGAAGCUGCAUGUGGCGCGCUUUCACACCAAGUUGAACGCAGAGUUUCUCACUGCCUUCAUGAUCAGCCUGAAUCAGGAGCUGUAUAUACUUCGCGACAGCGAGCAGAUCGAAUCGCAGCUGCUGCAGAAUGCCAAGCAUGCGAUGGGCACACGCAAUGAACUGCAGGUGAUCAUUAAUGCCACCAAUCGGCAGUUGGACGAGCUGCGCAAGGCCAUCGAUAAGAUCAAUGAGCAGAUCAGCGGACUGCAGGUGGCUUUCAUGACCGCCAUCAAGGGGCACAAGUUCUACGACUUUCUGCGUCGCAUCUUCAAGAAGAAGUGGCGACCGCCGAAGCGAGUGCGUGGCGACGACGAGGAGUCUUCGUCCUCGUCAUCGUCGUCCUCGUCCAGUGAGGAUGAGGGCGCCGAUGCCCAGAGCGUUGACUCCCUGGACAUGACCACCAUACGCUUGGAUGAGGCCACCUGCCCGACGGGUCUGGAACGCCAGCUCUACGAAUGGUCCUUUGUUAUGCGGGCGGAUCGUCACGCCUUGGAGCGCACUCUGCUCGAGAACCAGGCCGAUGUGGAGCGCAAGCGUCGCGAGAUUGCCGAGAUGCAGACCAAGAUGAAGUACCACGAGGAAGUCUAUCAGCGCGAGAAGAACACGCUGCUCCAGUUUAGGCGCAACAGGCAGCAGGAGAUCAACAAGGUGCAAGUGAGCACAGUGCUGCGCAUGGAUCAGCUGCAGCACUUUCAUGAGGGACACGACUUCCGGGAUGUGUCACAGGCGAUACUCUUCGAUGCGGAUAUGCUGAUCGAUUUGCGUCGUCGCGCGGAGAAGUUGCAUGAGGAGACGCAGGCCACGAAGCGUUGGCAUCGCAUCAAUUUUGUGCACUUGCGUCGCAUGAAUCGUGACAUUAAAUUCAUGCGCUUUGAGAUUACGCGACUGGAGGAGGAGAUUAAGCAGGCGCAGAUGAAACGCUUUGGGGUGAUUAUCAAUCUGGAUGAGCUGGAGGAGGAGGUGUUGCGACGCUACGUCUUUGAGCUGGAAACAACAGCAGAGGAUGAGAUGAGAGCACUUGAAAAAGAGCUGCAGGAGCGCAAGAUCGAGCUCUCCCGCUGCGAGGAGCAGAUGGUGCAGGAGACGCAGACGAACACGGAGAAGGUGAACUUACAAACGGUGCUGCUGGAGCAGAAGAAUGUACUGGACAACAUACUCGAUGUGCAGGAACGCAACUACGAGAAGUGGGCUAAUCCUCAGGUGCUGAAUCUGAACUACGACAUUGAGAAGUUGAUGGGCAUUGAGAAUGCGCUGCUCCAGCAGAUCGAAAGUCUGGAACGCGAGAUCUGCACGUUGCGUCUGAAGGCGAAACCACUGCAGAUUAAUGAGUUGGAUCCCAUACAACAACUGCAACAGCAGCAGCAACAACAGCAGCCCGUUCUCAAUGAGCUGACGCCAAUGCCAGCCGAGGCAGAGAUCUGUCCGGCCAUACUUAAUGUGGAGGCUUACAUGCUGCCGCCCAUGCCCGAUGACUUCAUCAUGGAUCGCGUGCACACGCUGGUGCAGAAGACCUUCAAUCAGUUCUUUGGUCGCCACACGACUCCGGAUCAUGUGCGUCGCUUUGCACAGCGUUCGUCGUUGUAUUUGUGCCAGGCUGCUUACAGUUUUCAGGGUCGUUACACGGAUCGCAUUGCGGAGUGCAUCACGGAGCAUCUGGAGAGCAUUGUACCCAAGAAGUAUUUGAUACACAUGAGUGCCGAGGAGAUGCGCAAACUGUUCCAGGAGGUUGUUGCUGUCUUUGACUACGAACGCUCGGAUGUGAAUACCGAGGAGUUGAUCUCAGGCAUCUUUGAGCAUGCCAAGGAGGCGUUGUGUACCAAAGGCAUUUGUGAGGUUGUCAACAGAACUCAAUUCAUUGUGCUGCACAUGUUCAAGGAGCUGGCCGAAGUGCUGCCCCUGGAGGAAUUCCAAGCAGAUGAAACUGUGCGCAUGAUUGUCGAUGUGCUGGAACGUGAACCGAUGGCGGAUCCGCGUGCCAUCAAUGUGGAUGAAUUGGUGUCGAGUACGCUGCAGCAUGCCCAGGAGAAUCUGCUGGACAAUGUGACUGCGCUGCCUUUGGCGCAAGUGGGCAGCAAGAUACAGAAGGCGCUGCUAAAACGUCGCCAGUACAAAACACCUAAUUGCCAGUCGCCUCUUUCGGUGCGCAUUGCCAGCAAGAAGCCUUCGGCAAAGACGGGAUUACCUUUCUGAGAACUUGGAACGAAUUUUAUUGCAUGGACUAAUAUAUUUAACAAUAUACAAUACAUAAUGUGUAAAGCUUAAAAA